UCGGUUACGACACCACAGUGUAAACAGCCAUGGCUGCACUGCGCAGGCUUAUCCUUUCAUUCAGCUCCAAAGCAGAGACGUUCACGGCGCGGAAACCGCCUCAAACACCCUCAAAGGCGACUAAAGCGCAGAAACUUAUCGCAGCGGGAGCGAGCAUCACAGCCGGCGCCGCCGCUUAUUAUUACUAUUACUAUUAUUACUCCUGCCGCUCGCACGUCGGUAGGCGCCCCGGACUGAAGAGCCACGUCGAGGCUCGGCUCAUGCAUCUGGCGCUGCCAUCAGUUUCCGCCACCGAUAAGACAAGGACCUACAGUCUGGACGAUGGAGAUGCCUACAUGUCCUCCUAUGAAAACAGAUUUCGUCUGUUCAGUUCGGUGGAGUACGAAGGACAGCUCUACAUGACUCCGCUGAACUUCAUCGAGUCGGUCACUCUGAGCGAACCAAAGAGCAGGAGAGUCUGCAAGUCCCUCACGAAAAAGGAAUUAGACAAGAUGCUGGCUGAUACCCCACCUGUUUGGAAAGGAUCAUCUAAUUUGUUUAGAAAUCUCCGUGAACGAGGUGUCAUCAGUUAUACAGAGUACCUCUUCCUGCUGUGCAUUUUAACAAAGCCCCAUGCAGGCUUCAGGAUUGCUUUCAACAUGUUUGAUGCAGAUGGGAAUGAAAUGGUGGACAAAAGGGAGUUCUUGGUGCUGGAAGAGAUUUUCCGUAAGAAGAAGGACAGAAAAGACAUUACUGAAGAUAUGCAAAGACAGGACCAGCAAAGCCUGCAGCUUUAUGGAAAUCACAGAUCUCAGGCUCACAGCGUUCUAAAAAAAGACGGUCAGCAUGUGGCUGCCCGAGGCAUGUGGGAUGUUCUCAGACGUGGCACGAGUCAAGUUCUGUUUUCUGAUCUCACCGAGAAUGUGGACGAAAAAUCGGAGACCACACUCUUGGUGCAUUUCUUUGGGAAAAAAGGCAAAGCUGAGCUGAAAUUUGAGGAUUUUUACAAGUUCAUGGACAACCUGCAGACAGAGGUGCUUGAGAUAGAGUUCCUCUCCUACUCCAAAGGCAUGCCCACCAUCAGCGAGGAAGAUUUUGCUCAGAUCCUCCUUCGCUACACCAAUGUCGAGGAUGUUAGCGGGUAUUUGGAGAACAUGCGUCACAGUAUACCAGAUGAAAAGGGAAUCACCUUUGAGGAGUUUCGGUCCUUCUUCCAAUUCCUUAACAACCUGGAGGAUUUUACCAUCGCCAUGCAAAUGUACAACUUUGCCAACCGCUCAAUUGGCCAAGAGGAAUUUACCAGAGCGGUGUACGUGGCCACUGGCAUCAAACUGACCCCCCACUUGGUCAGCACUGUCUUCAGGAUCUUCGAUGAGGACCACGACAAUAAGCUCAGCCACAGGGAGUUUGUUGGCGUCAUGAAAGACCGGCUGCACCGCGGUGCUGGGGGCGUCCGAGUGGAGGAAAAGUUUGUCUCUUUCAAGUCCUGCAUGAAGAAGGAGCUUUCAGGCAAAUAGCAGGUGCAGGUCCCAGCACCAGUGCAUGUCUUACAGUGUGGAUCAGCAGCCUCUCCUCUCUGCAACGACAGAAGGGUUAAUGCACACUGCAGCACAUUAUUUCUCUAUCUUAGAAGAUUUGAAAUAAACAGGAUGUGGCACGAAGAGGAUGUGGUCAGCCAAAUGGAAGAGGCGUUGUAAGCGGUCAAAGGAACACAGUGACCUGCUACUUAACACCCAGCGUUACAGGACUCUGCAAGUCUAACUAUAUGCUUUUGCUAUUUAUUGUUGCUGAUUCUUAUUUAUUUAUUUAAAAAAGAAAAGUCAUGGUUGUCUUAUUAAUGCUUAAGUAUUUUAUUUUAUUUUUUGGUCACUCGUUCUUUCCUAAGCCUGAUAUGCCUCCAUACUUGGUCCUUUUGUGGUCUCUGCAGCCCCCCUGAACAGAUCAGCUUCCCCUCCUCCUCUCGCUCGCCCCCAAAGCUCUGCAGCUAAAACCCUCCAGGAUCCUCCAGAGAGGCAGCAGGCCCGAACACACUCACUGUGGCUUUCCCCCCGUUUGACUACAGGCAGCUAACAGUGUUAAUCAUUUCUUGGCUGGUGCAGAGAAGUGCUUUCACACCACUUGCAGGGAUGACCUCUGUAUAAACGUAUGCAAAAUGUUAAAGCCAUAUGUUUGUUUCACUCCUGAGCUUUAAUAUAAAUGGAGUUACAGAAACUAAAUGUACUUUUCCUUUAACUUCCACUUACUGUAACGAGUUCUUAAGCCAUGUCAUGCUUUGGGUAGAGCUGUGCUGAGGAAAAAAAGUUACAUGCUUUAAUAUUAACCAGACUAAUGUGUUUGCAUUUCAGAAUACUCUGUUUAAAUGUUGGAAUAGCUGAGCUACCUCUUUACUUGAGAUCAGGCUUCGACUGUUACACGUCACCGACGUGAUCACUGUUUUCAUGCCUGUAAGCGAAUAAACCACUCUCGGCCGAGCGUCCUCAA